CAAAAGAAACUAAUGCUACUAAUGCUGCAAGUAAGAAUAAUGAUGUUUGCGGGGGUGAUCUUUACUAUAUAUUUAGUAAGCCCGAGUGAGGCUUGUAACGAAGCAAUUUGCGCAAGUAUUGUCAGUAAAUGCAUGCUCCUGAAAAGUUGUAAAUGCGAAUUAAACACGUGCAGUUGCUGUAAGGAUUGUUUUCUCUGUCUCAGUUUUCUCUACGACGAGUGUUGCUCUUGCUUCGAUCUUUGCCCGAAACCAAAUAUAACGAGUAAUCCGUUGAGUAAAAAGUCACACGUUGAAGAUUUUGACGAAGCAUUUCCAGAACUUUUUCAAGCUCUUACCGACGAGCCAGACGUGCAUAAAAGAUGGUCGAGCUUCACGUAUCCAGUAGAUCUUCCCAUUAAAAUAUUUAAUCAUUAUCAAGAUAAAAAUUUUAAAUAUACCAUGCAAUCCAUCGACGGCCGAUACAAUUAUUCUACUAGAUUUGAUGUAACGACAGUUAAUUGCACCGUAGCUUUUAUAGUAGAAUGCAACUCAUGGGACAAAUGUAAAAAAUAUUGUCAAAGUAUGGGUGCGACGAGUUACAGAUGGUUUCACGACGGUUGUUGCGAAUGUAUUGGCGAUACGUGCAUUAAUUAUGGUGUAAACGAGUCGAGAUGCCUCAAUUGUCCUGUAAAAAUGAAGAAAAUCGUCGAGGAUGAAUACGACGAUUACGGACAAGAUGAAGAUUAUGAAGUUACUGAUGAUUAAAUAAGUUAUUUCAAAUUUAUUUAAAUAAUGCAUACAUCGUAAAU